ACGGCGCUGUCAGAACUUCCGUUACGAACAACUUCCUUUCUUCUUAGAAUCCAACAUGGGUCGCAUGCACAAUCCCGGUAAGGGUAUCUCUAAGAGUGCUCUACCAUACAGGAGAACUGUGCCAGUUUGGCUUAAACUCCCUGCUGAUGACGUAGAGGAACAGAUAUACAAGUUGGCCAAAAAGGGAUUGACUCCAUCUCAAAUUGGUGUUAUAUUGAGGGAUUCACAUGGUGUUGCACAAGUGAGGUUUGUUACAGGCAAUAAAAUCUUGCGAAUCUUGAAGAAAAAAGGUCUUGCUGCCAGUUUGCCUGAGGAUCUUUACAGUUUGAUAAAAAAAGCAGUAAACAUUCGCAAGCACUUGGAAAGGAGCAGAAAAGACAAAGAUGCUAAAUACCGAUUAAUUUUGGUAGAAUCCAGAAUUCAUAGAUUGGCUCGCUAUUACAAAACCAAAAAAGUUUUAGCACCAACUUGGAAAUACGAGUCAUCUACUGCAUCUGCUCUGGUUGCAUAAAGUUGUUCUCAUUCAUGAAAUAAAUUUGAAAAAACUUUUUUUUUUUUUUAAAUUCUUUUAUGUAUGUUUGUGAGGACUUUUCAAAUUUUAUGUUUAGCAAUAUUUUGUAAAGUCAAUACUUGUACUGGAAACAAAGUUCCAGGGUACCGGUACCCUGGAUUUAAUUGUGACCUAUUAUUAUAAAGAAACUUAAAAUAAAAAUCAAUUGAAAGUCA